GGUGUUAUUCUUCCGAUAACAUUGGGGAAAAAACUGCCAGCUGAUUCAGACAAAAUAAGGAAGAUGAAAAGUGCCUUUCUUGAAUUUUGACAAUAUUUAAGCUAAUUGAUUUAAUCAAAAACAGAUCAGGAUUCCUCUUAUAGACAUUCGAUUAUGUCCCCUAGAUCACCAUGAGGUUCAACAGUAAAGAAUUAACACAUAUUGUAGAGCAGGGUGUUGUAGACAAAGAAGGAAUACUGUCCAUGAAAUAUAAACCAGAGGGAAGAAUAUUCAAGAAAGAAGAAACAUACAUAACUAGACACUGUAAACUGAAAGGAAAUCUGUUGUUUUAUUACAAGAACAAGGAAUCAAGAACAGAACCAUUAGGAGUUUUGGUAUUAGAGAGGUGUACAAUAGAACUAGACGAUGAAAUAGAUAAUGCAUUUAUUAUAGUUUUUGAAGGAGAUGAACCUACCUAUCAUUUUGCCACAAGAACAGAAACAGAACGAGAUGAAUGGAUCCAGGCACUUCACCUCUCUAGCUAUGAGUGUCUUAAGAUGCAGCUACAGAGUCUACGAGAACAGAUCCAGGCCAAGACAGGACGGGACCCAGUCUCACAACCUCCUCCUACAGAGACGGGAAUGGCCUUCGAAACCCAGUCUGGAAAUGCUAACACUAAUGAUGAGCCAGCUAUGGAGAUAUGUCUAUCUUGUGAAGAUUUACCUAAUGACAGUUCAGCGAACCCUCCUAAUCCAUUUAUUGUAAUCUAUACUAUUAAUCCACCACAACAACAGACAUGGGUCCAACACAGUCAUACUGAAGUAGUUGAGAAAACCAAUUCUCCUCAGUUUUUGAAGACAAUAGGUUUUGGUGAUUCAAGUGGUAUUGACACGAACACCAGGAUAAAGUUAACAGUCUACCAUGUCAAGGAGAGGAUGACUGGAACAAUGUCCCAAAUGGGUCAGGUGAUAUUUACUGUACAGGACGUCCUAACAUCUCAUCAGAUGGAGCUAGCAUUACCAUUACAUGGUGCUGUAAGAUUCUUAGGACCAGACCCUGUGGACUGUGGGACUGUUAAAGUUAUGGCCUGGGUAAAUGACACAAAUAUAUCUGUACCUAACGGGCCUGCUGAUGACUGUAAAAAUGACAAGUUGAAAAGGUCAGCAGGCAGAAGACGUUCUAAAAGAGUGGACACAUUACGUCCCUUAUAUCGUGGUAUCAUCACACGGACCUUUAGAUUUGAUACGUCAGAUGGCGGGGUCAAAUUACUUGUUCAUGAAUAUAUGGCGGAGGCCAAACUGGCUUUUGAUAUACCAUUACAGUUGAUAAAAUUAUGGAUAGAUGAGGAAAAGUCCAUGAUAGAUCAAAUAAAGAAUCUAGGACAGCUUUGGUCAUGGUACGAGAAAGAACAGGUGACAGCAAUUGACCUCUGUGCUACCUUAGUAACAGAAUAUACACAGGCAUAUAAUUAUUUGACCAAUUACCUUGAUUCUGGUCCUAGCUUCAAGCCUAGUAUUAAGAAAGGUGACAAAGACCUGGAGUUUGCUCCCCUGAAUCUACACUUACAGAGAAUGACGGUCAUUAAUGAACUCAAUGAUACAACCUCUUGGUAUGAUAUAGUAACAGUAGGAGCUUUCACAGCUUAUGCACAAAAAUACAAACAUGGUGGUCUUAUGAAAUUAUUACAACAUCAGAAGGAAUUCUACAGUGCCGAUGGGACACUUAGUAAAAACACAAAACUAGACAAAGCAUGUCAAUUAAUUAAUAGUAUAUACAAACUGAAAGUGAAAGUAGAACAUGAUUGUCAGAGACUAUGUGGUAGUGCGACUAACGGAGCAUUUAGUGAAAUGAAGUCGAUAGCGGAACACAUAACAGAACAUGUGAAAGAGUUAGUUAAUGUAUGUGAUAAUAAGUUACUACAGGGUUCAGAAGAACUGUAUAAUGCAGUCAGAGAGGAAGUUCUAUACCAAAAAACUUUAGAAAUGUCUAAAAAUGAAUUGACAGAAAGUUUUACAGAUCUUGACAUGGAAUCUUCUACAGAAAAUCUCAGUGGCACUAACUUUAAAAAGAAUCCUUCUAUGGAACCUUGGGAAUUAAGCCGAGUAAAUACUGAAGCAGCUUGUGUUUGUUUAACAUCAUUGAUAGAAAGUUUGAAGUCCAUCGAUAAAACAAAAUGGUUGGAGUCUAUAUCACAAGACGUAGCUAAACUGAAGAAUUUUGUGGCCGUGUUACAGAAUAAAGCUGUGUCUUUUAUGACAUUUCUUAAUAUUAUGGAAAAUAAAGGUCAUUCUAAGUUGAACUAUACAAUAAAGUACAGAAGAGAUGUUUGUUUUUCUCAUGCGGUAACUGCCUUAGUAACAGGUUUUAUGACGAAGUUAACUACACACACUACAGAUACACACUUCCUUAACCAGCUAUGUCAGGUCGGUAUGCUGGUCCAGUUUGAAGGUUUACUUAGUUGUCAUAGUGAUGAGAAUGGUAUGAUAGAAGACAUGAUGGUUGCUGUUGACGAUCUCAGCCAGGUUGUGUUCAGAGUCAAAGUUGAAGAGCAGGCUGAUGAAGGCCCUAUUCUAUCACUUCAUGGGAAAUUAAAGUAUGGUUCUAAUCCAGAUUUUCAAAGACAUUGUUUAAUUGUUACUGUGCCAGUGAAGCAGGAAUUAUUUGAGAGAUUACCUGACCCCCUGCAGAGAGGAAAAGAUAUAAACAUCACACCUGUAUUCUUCAAUAUUGGUAUAAAUGAGCAAGCUACUGUAGCUGAGAGAUUUGGUGACACAUCAUUACAAGAGAAGAUAAACUUUGAUAAUUAUGGGAUAUUGUACAGAUAUAUAGAGAAAUACCAGGUUAAAAUAGGAGACCCAGAUGAUGGUAAAACAGGUCUAGGUACAGUUGGAGAUUUAAUGCAAAGAUUACAGUAUCAAGCCAUGGCAAAGAAAAGUAAAAAUACAGAGGUUUUAAAACUGGCUUCAGAGUUGACAAGAAAGUUACAGGGUAUAAGAUUUACAAGUUGUAAAAGUGCUAAAGAUAGAACAGCUAUGUCCAUCACACUAGAACAGGUGUAUAUACUACAACAGGAACAUGAUUUAGCAUCCCAUGUGUUCACUCAGGCCUUAGAUUGCUUCAGAAGCGAGGGAGUCAGAAGAGAAAAUACGUUAAAAAACAUUGGAUGCAGAAAAUAUGCCUUUAACAGUUUCCAGUUACUUUAUGUACCAAAACUUUACCGACCUCCAAAUGGUACAUACGGUAAUGUUCAAGGAUAAGAAUUGUACCAAAACUUUACGGAUCUCCAAAUGGUACUUACGGCAAUAUGUGUACCAAAUUUUAUCGACUGCAAAAUGGUACAUACAGCAAUAUUCAAGGAUAAGAUGUGUACCAAAACUUUACUGAUCUCCAAAUGGUACAUACCGCAAUAUGUGUACCAAAUUUUACCGACCACAAAAUGGUACAUACAGCAAUAUUCAAGGAUUAGAUGUGUACCAAAACUUUACCAAUCUCAAAAUGGUACAUACUGCAAUGUUGAAUGGUAAGAUAUGUACCAAAACUUUACUGACAUCCAAAUGGUACAUAUAGCCAUGUCCAAGGAUAAAAUAUGUACCAAAAUCUUGUAAAUAACUCCAAAUGGUACAUAUAGAGAUGUUCAUGGAUAAAAUGUUUACCAAAACUUUACUAACCUCCAAAUGGUACAUACAGUAAUGUUCAAGGAUAAAAUGUGUACCUAAGCUGCUAACUUCAUCCCCAGUGGGACAUUAGACCAUAAAUGCUGCCUCAACUUCUAAAUUUAAUUGAUGGAUAUGGUGUCUUUAACAUGCAAGAGAUAUGGCUCUCUCUUAACACAGGUCAGCCAUUUAUCGUCCUCUUCCUACGAACUAUCAUCGUUUUCCUCAAGAAUACAUUUGUGAAUGGUGGCAAGGGAUAGCCGAAAGUUCAUUCCCUGAAAUUUUAAUCCAGGAACAGGAAUCAAACCAGGAACCUUUAUGUUAGUAGUCCAAUGCACUAAUCACUACACCACGGCUUUCUGCAGCUGGCAUUAUUAAAAGAUUAAAUAUGAAGCAAAACUAUACCUGUGACAAUGUUCAAAGAUAAAUAAUGAAUAUAAAUGGUACCCAUGACAGUGUUCAAAGUUAACAGUUGUUGUUGUGACUGAGAACUUUUCAGUGUUCAAAGGUGGUAAUAUAUAUAUAAACAAUGUUCCACUGAUUUGUUAACAGAAUAGCAGAAUAUUUAAUAUAAUUCUGCUAUUAGUUUAAACAUAUUUAUUUAUGUUUAGAAACAAUAUCAGAUUUAUAUUAAAAUUUCUGCUAUUCUGCUGUUAAUUAUUUAUGUAUUGUUAAAUGUCUUUAAUUUAAUUUUAUGAUCAUGUAUUUCAGUAACAUGUGUUGUGUAAUGGCCAUAUUUUAAACAGUAUGUUUUGUAUAUUCUAAAUCUGACAUUAUGACCUUCAUUUCAUGAUAAAUUGACCUGAAGAUAUUUCCAUACAACUACAUAAUUUAUAAAUUUAUUGAAAUAAAUUAAUUUUAUGUA